CAAAUAAUCAGAAUAACAUACAAGUGCAUUUUGGACAGCAAAGGUGGGGUUGCAAUAGCUUGUCACAUACCUGAUGCAUUUUUAUCCGAUUUUGGCGUUGCCGACAUAUCUGAGCCCCCAACUGAGUCACAAAAUGUUUCAGAGUUGAUGAAAACAUAACCGAAACAUUACAUUAUGCGAAUUUCACUAAAUGUCAACAGUAACUUCACCGAUUUCAACCAUGGUUGUCACCCAUCUUUUAAUUCGCGCUAAUGUUGCGCUACCAAGCGGUAAAACAUCACAGAAAACAAAGCAGCAGCGCCAGCGCUCUUGCCGACAUCACGGUUCCGUUUGACAGCUCUCAGCUGUGUUGGAUGGACUAGUGAGUACAUAGGUUGUGGAAGUCUUCGUGAGGCAGUGAGUGGAUUUGUGCUGUACUCUAAACGAUGGGCAACUCAGGUUUAAAACAACAUUACGAAACAGCGAAGAAGACUGGAGUGUUGAAAAUAUCCCAAGAGAAACUUACAGAAUUUCCUUCAAAUUUGAAGCAGUUAGAGUCUGUUCUACGUACUUUGGAUUUAUCAGAUAAUAAAUUAUCUACUUUACCCUCUGAUAUAGGUUCUUUUAAAUUACUUAAGCAUCUAAAUAUUAAUAAAAAUAGACUUGAAUCACUACCUGUGGAAAUCGGGAAUCUCACAAAACUUGAAAGUUUAUCUGUGUGCUCCAAUAAGUUAACUACACUUCCUUCAGAAAUUAGUAAGCUAUUAAAUUUAAAACAAGUGUAUCUUAGUGAUAAUGCUCUUAGUGAAUUUCCCUUAGUGUUUUGCAAAAUUCGUCAUUUAGAUGUACUAGAUGUAUCCAAAAAUAAAAUUGCUUCAAUACCUGAUGGCGUUGAAGACUUGUAUGUUACAGAAUUGAAUGCAAACCAAAACCAAUUGACUAAAAUUUCUAAAAACAUUGCUCAGUGCCCACGUUUAAAAACUUUAAGGAUAGAAGAAAAUUGUUUAAAUUUAUCAGCAAUUCACCAAGAAAUUCUAACAGAUUCGAACAUAUCUGUUCUUGCUGUGGAAGGAAAUUUAUUUGAUUCUAAGAGUUUUGCAGAACUUGAAGGUUUUGAUGGUUACAUGAAACGAUAUACAGCUAUGAAGAAAAAGAUGUUUUGAUUCAGUGUUAAAAAAAUUUCCCCACAAAUACAAUUCACAUGAGAACAUUUCUUAAAUAUUGAGUGUUGUUUCCUCUUUCAUUGGUAUUUUUUGUAAAAUGUGCAAUACUACUAUCGUAUCAAAAACUUUUAAGAUAUUCUAUAUUGUGCAAAAAUGCUUUGGUGUGAACACUGCAAGUUGAUAUUUUUAUAAGUUUAUUACAUUUAUAUACAUUGCAUUUACUCUUAAUUAUACCCUACAUUUUUGAUUUGUUUGAAAUUGGGAAGUUACAAAUCCUAAUAUGUAUAAAUACAUGUAUAUAAGAAGUAUAUUUUGAUUGUUAUUGUUACCUUUUUCUUGUAAAUGCAAGUUUUUAUCAUAUUUACCUCUGUGAAUUUCCUUGGUUUAAUAAAGCAAUCCAAGAAACACAACGUGUGUCACUGAAGAUUCGAAAGAAUUUAUACCAAAAGUAAUGAUCUACAUGGCAAUGUUGUUGAUUGAUGAGCAUUUCCCAACAUUAUCCUUGUGUAAAUUUCUUUCGAAAAUGUUAGAAAUAUUUAUUCAAAACUUGAAGGACCUUACGCGCUACUACACCGGAUAUACUUACCAGUACUCAAGUGUGGUUCAUAAAUAAUGUUACAAGAUAUUUUUGUACAAAUUGUAUGUGACAACUAAAUAUGUUAUGAUUAAAAUAAAAUUUUAUUUCAUGCAUUUAAUUACAACAAAAUAUAUUUUUAAUUUCAAUAUAUGUAUACUUCUUGCGUUUCCAGUAGUGGGACGUCUUCUCAAAGAUGGUGCAAGUUAGUUUUUGAAUUUCUUGUCGAAUUUGUGCAUUAACACUAGUUUCUUCCCUUAAAAAACAUUUUGUAGAGUAAAUAAUACACAUCAAGUAGCGUGUUUUAACGGUUAAAUAGAUAUCUGAGCCAAUAAAUGGGUAUGAAUGAGGAAUUGCGGUCAGCUUCCUUAGAAGACCGUUUUGCCGCGCGUCGCGCUCGUACACUCAGUUUUUUAUGCUUAACAUGGCUGACAUUCAAUAAUAUGAAGAGAGGAGCCUGUGCUAAUGAAUCUCGUUAUUUAAUGGUAAAUUAUGACAAUUUGUGAUCUGCGUGUAUACAGAACUAAAGGUCGUUGUUUACUUGUUAUAACUGGACACGUUGGAAUCCAUUCAGAAGUAGUUUUUAUUCAUAGAAUCGUGGGUGUGGGAAUAGUUUUGUUCUUGGCAAAUGAAAAUGAGAGCCUGAGAGGUAACGAAGAAUGUAGGACUGAAGUAGAACGUAAAGUUUUGGAACGAAUAUUUUACUACACACAGUGAUGAAAUGGUGAAACGUUGAAAAGGAUUGUGUAGUUAGAAAAGUACUUUUGUUUGAAUAGCCGAAGUUCACUGUCCGGAGAUGAAAAUCAUGAAGGUUUGAGUCCGGCCAGUCGUUAGUGAUUGGCCUGGAGUGAUUGAAUAAUUGUGGUGGGAUAGUUUCUGAGUGUACAACAUAAGCAAUUUUUUUUCACAAUGUCCAAUACAAGUGGAAGGUUAAAAAAGGAACAAAAUGACGAAAGUCCCAUUGCUCCUGACAGUACAACCAAGGAGCGUAGUGGCUUUAGUGAGGGGGAGGAUGUUCUUCUUCAACACAAAGAUGGUCGUUACUAUCUAGGAACAAUAGUUGAAGUUGAUUUAGUAACAGAAAAAUGCUUAGUCAAAUUUGGGGACAACACAGAAAGUUGGUCCUCUUUCAAGGACCUCACAAAACUUUCAUCUCCUGACACAAACAAAUUGUGUGUAAUUUGUAAGAAAUCACAACCUAAAACUGACAAUGAAAUUGUUGUGUGUGAUAAGUGUGGACGUGGCUAUCAUCAACUUUGUCAUCAACCUCACAUUUCAAAAGACUGUACUGAGCCAGAUGCACAUUGGUUGUGCAAGCGAUGCCUUGAAAAUAUGCCAGGUAAAACCAGAGAGAGCAAGAUUGCAAAAAAGGAUACAAUUAGAAAGAUAUGUACUCCCACAGUUUUGCCAAAACCACAAUCACCAGGGUCACCAGUGGACAACAAGAGUAAAUUGCCAUAUGAUGCAGAUUCGUUGACUUGGGAUGCUACACAUCGGAUGAAUAUGGAACAGCGGUAUUGUUACUGUGGAAAACAUGGUGAAUGGUUCAUGCAAAUGCUUCAGUGUGGUAGAUGUAAGCAGUGGUUUCAUGAAAAAUGUAUGCGUUGCCUUCAAUAUCCAUUGUUUUGUGGUGACAGGUUUUAUGUAUUCGUCUGCUCGUUAUGUAAUCAUGGAAAGGAGUUUGUUCGUCGUUUAGAAAUGAAGUGGGUAGAUAUCAUACAUCUUACGCUAUUUAAUCUUACUGUGUAUAAUGCAAAAAAAUAUUAUGAUUUGGACACAACUAUCAUUCCAUUUAUAAAUAACAAUUGGGAUGCCUUCCAGCUUCCACCAAAGAUUCUGGACGUGAGUGUUGAAGAACGAAGAGACAAUAUUUUAUCAGUAUUGACCAACAAUAGAAAUAGGUUUAAGUGUGGUCGUGAAAUAAAAAAACGCACGACAAUUUGGGGUCUUAGGGUUCGAGUGCCACCACCUGCCCCAUCCUUUACACUGCCUAGCGUUCGCCCAGUGAGUGAUGCUGUUCUGAAGGAACGAUGGAUUGGAAAUAAACGCUUGAAGUUCUUACCUCCAUCACUCAGCUCACUUGUUUCCGGCAAAUGUCAAUUGGGAAAAAGCUUCCAUGGGAACGAAAACCUGCUCAAUGGCCAGUCAAGUGUAACAAAGAGUACUAUUGUUCCUAAUCAAAAAGCAGAUGGUGUGACACAGCCAGCUUCAGGCAUAGUCUUCAAUAAUAGCCAGGGGGCAACAAGUGACGAUUCUGAUAGUCUCCCCACUCCACCUGCAGGAAUGAAAAUUCUUUCCAAGUUCAUAAACCGUUCAGAUUUCGCCAAUAGUGGUUUUGUGAAAAAGACAUCAGCUCACACUCCAGCUAAUAGGUAUACAUUGCAACAGUCCCUGUUACGACGGCGUCUCAGCUCAUAUGGGAACACUGCACAUAAAGAAAGGCUGCUUAAACAGCGAAGGUUACCUCCUGCUGAGGAACAAGCAAGAGAUUUCACUGCACGCAAAGCCCGGAAGUUAUUGAAAAAUGCAAUUGCUCAGAGUCAGAAAAGUUCUCAGGAACCCACAGCAACACCUCCGUCCUCUGUGGCUGAAGCAUCUGUACCAUUGGCAUCCACUUCUUCAAGUUUAGCAGGAUCUGCUGCUGUUCCAUCUGGCCCUCUUCCUUGCCACAUGACUCAGGCUACUUCCACGUCCUCGACUUUCCCAGUCCCAAGCACACCAGGAGAUACCAGCGGAGAUGAAACCUCAUCUCGAGGUACUUUGGACUCGUUUAUCCCACCUCCUAAAGACUUUGAAGGAAAGAACAACCCUUUCCGUAGUUUGACUGAGCUUUUAGCAUCACCUAAUGGCCUAAAUGUAACAGGAAGUUUGUUCAGUUCUACACCGUCUAGUGUUGUAAAUACUAGCCCGAUUACAUUGCCUUUGCCCCUCACACCUGUCCUUCCUCAUCCAGGCCCUCCAAGACCUGCCAAGAGACAGCUGAGUGAGAAGGAUAUCAGAAUAGAUAGAAAUGGGGAAGUGAAACGGAGACGACAUAGGCGAACAAGAGCAAGCUCUGCUAAUGGAAUAGCAAAUAACGCUUUGGGAACUGCUAGUAAAACUGCAACGUACACACCUGGCCGUCCAGAUGUGUCAAAUAAAGUGGGAGAAGGGUGGUCCAGUGCCUCAUGCCGCUCUCUGAGAAGCAUGUAUAAUAACAGUGGUGCUGGGCCAUCGUCAAGUUCUAGUGGUCAGUUGGGUAGUUGUGUAGAUUAUGUUAUGAAUGGAAGGCGCCUGAGAGGUGCCCAGAGACAAGAAGUCAAAGUUAAUGAUAAAAAAUUAGUACCUCAACCUAGUACAUCUAAAUCUUCACCAGUUAAACAAAAUCCAAUAGAUAUAUCUAUUGAUGAUCUCAAAUCGUCAGUUAAUAUAUAUUUUGGAGCUGCAAAUCGAAUUGCUUCGGGUGAAAAAUUUACUGUUCGUGCAAAAAGGACUACACCAUCAGGGAAAGUACAAUAUCUGAUAGAAUGGGAUGGGCCUUCAACAUAACAAUAAACGGUGACUGACUACAGUCUAGAACCAAUGUACAAAUGCAUUGAAUUGAUGAAAGAAGAAUUUGAAUUAACAAGUUUACAGUAAUGUGUGAAUGGUUUAAUGUAUUGUCUGUGUUAUAUAUCAUAAUUUUUUAUUUGUACAUAAUUAGUUUUGUUAUUUCUUGCAUCUUUACUUGUGUGGCAGAAUUGUAUAAAAGUAGUUCCCCUUAAUGAAUUCAAUUGUGUACAUUGUUAUUCAUCUUCAAUCCUUCUGGUUUUAUAGUUACCUUUGGUUGGAGAUGUCUCCUUCCUUACUUUCUGGUAACAAGGGAAAACCUCCUCUUAUUUAUUACAAGGUCAACUUUUCUGUAUAAUAUAUGUAUGUUAUAUGUAAGAUUCUGUAUGUGGAUCAGAAUGUAAUUUUUAUUUUGUUCCCUUGACUGAAAUCUUCGUAAAGGACUGGGAAUUCCUUCUCAUAUUGCAUAUUGUCUCCAUUAUGCAGAGCUGUUUCUACAUAGUAUGUAAUUCAGUUGCUCCUUAUGUGUUCUAGUGGUAGUUGUUUGAAGCUCUUGAUUAUCUGUCACAUACUGUUUAACUUCAUUAAUCGAAUUAAGUUAAUUUUGUUUAUCAUUUUGAAAAAUUAUUAUACUUCAGUCUUCUAUCCGUGGUAGAAACAGAUGUGAAAUGUAAUUGUAAGAUGAGUGUUUUCUGGUUACACUUCUGCAUAUUUCCUGUGGGGGAAAAUGUUGGAAAUGUUUUGUUUCAUUAUAACCAAUUGUUUAAAAGUAUAGUAUUUCAAUUUCCAAUGUUAUAUCCUUAUAAUCUUUUUGUUGUGUAGUAUUUAAUGAAAUAAUAACAAAUAGUAUUAGAUUUAGAGGAUGGUACGGAUGUGAAACCACACCACACUCUUGAUGCAAUUUUUUUGUACUGUACUUCACAAUGUAUUGUCUCUACUGUUCAACAGUUUUGUUAUAUUGUUUUAAGUCUUAUUUGCGCUCAGUUGUAUGAUACAACCAUGCCAAUGUUAAAAUUCCUGGUCCUUAUUGUGAGAUGUUUUAUUAUAUAGAGAGAAUUAUACUGCCAAUAUUGAGAGAUAUCACUGCCUUUCAAUGUAGAAAAAACACAAUGUGUUUUGCCUGCUACACAUACAUAGGAAGAGAUAAGAUCAUGGUGCCAUGCAUUUCGUUUUUGUGCGAUUUGUUUUUCUACACUUGUUAUUAGGCUGUAUCAAGUGUGCAAGCUUUUGUGUGAAAUUUUCAUGCAUUUGCUUUCAGGUACUUAGUGAACCUUACUGUAUCAAACUAGUUUCAUAUGUAUUGUUGAAAAUUAUGUUUUUGUAUGACUGGUAAUUUUUUUAAAAGUGAAGCAAGUUCAAACUGUUUUAUCAUCAUUUUUAUUUCUAUUUAUUUGAACUUAUUGCUAUUUUUUGAUAAUGUUAACAUUAACAUGCUUGUCUUAAUUUUGAGCACAUGGUGUCAUUGUCUAGUCCUAUGUCACUUUGGUUAUGUAUGUGUAAAGUGAAUGUUGAGGAACUGUUCUUCAUGACAUUGUGGGAAAGAGAGCUGAUAAAUAGACUUCUGUUUUAAGUUCUCUUGAAACUAUUCUUAAUUUUCGAUAAGAUUUGCCAUUCCUAAGAUCUUAUUGUAGAGUACAUAAUUAUUUUGCAGUUCAGUUUUGGGGGCAUUGUAGAAGAGGACAAGCAUGAAAGUACAUUAUGGAGUAUAAUUAUCAAAGAAGUAGUUUAUCAUAAAUGAAUGAAUGAUUCUUUGUGUAUAUAUUGAUUUGUUUUUGUUAUGUGAAUGUAUUGGUUUGCUUGUUUGUGUAAAUUGAAGAUAGUGUAUAAUUAUUAUAAGGCUUGUAUAAAUCUAUUUAAAAAUUGUCAAAUGCAGUAAAUUUAUAGUAUCUCAUAUGUUAUUCUCGAUAUAUAAACCAAACCAAGUAUUCAAUGAAAUUUAAAUAAUUGGAAUGCUGAUUACUCUUUUAAUCUUUUGUUUUUGAAAAAAAAAUCUGAAAAAAAUUUGCAACCAAUGCUAAAUCAAAUAUUUUAAGGUGUGAGAGCACCAAAAUUAUAUUUUAAUUUUUGUACAUAGUUGGCUGAUGUUUUUGAAGUCUCAAGUGGAAUUAGAAUAUGCAUUACCUGCGCUUAAAUUUCUAUUGCUGAAUUUCAGCAAUACUUGAAUAUUCGUUUUUAGAUUUGUAUGGUGUGUAGUGUAAUUCAUGUCAGUUUUAUUUCAUAGUUUCCGAGUACUUUGCAUGAAUUCUAGAAACCAAAUAAUUUUUGUAGUUUGUGUUCAGGUUACUAUGUCUUGAUUGAACAUUGUAGCCCAGCACAUUAUAUGCAGGCAUUCAUAAUUUGAAAAUCAGGGAACAUUUUCAAGUUAUUUAUUUCAUGUUUUUCAUUAAAUUUAUUCACAUGAUGCGAAUUGAUGUGACAAAUGUUAAUUAAACUGGAAUUUCAUUUUGUUGUAGAUAUAAAAUAUAUUUUCUUUGUUAAUAAAUGUAUUAAUUUUCUACUUUCAAUCAUUUUUGUUGUGCAAAUUAUAAAUUUUAAGCCAGAUUGAAAUUCACUUAGGUACCACAGUGGUAAGGUUGCAAACAAUCUGUGGCUUGUUUAUUAUUAAUAUGCCUAUGCACUUGUGUGAAAAAAUAUUUUUGUAUUAUGUGACAUUUUAUGUUUAUUUUACUUGCGAAUAUUUAAAUACUUGAAAAGUAAUUAUUGUGGUGUCAUUUCAGUAAAUACAUUUCUUUCAAAAAUUUUUGGCAUAAACUUUGUUUCAUGUGUAGGUUAAAGAAUGAGAGAAUUUAAUUUUCAACUUAAUUCAAGAGUGGAUAUUGGUGAUAGUUGUGUGUGGAAUAGUUGACUGUGCUGUUAGAUGGUGCAACAUAUAUUGUGAAGACUAAAGAGGGCAUGUGUUUGUUUUUUUAAGCUUGGUGAAAAUUCACAUUAUGUUAACGUUAUUUGUUCAUGUAAUGCAUGCAAAAUUGGUGUACUUUUUUAUACCUGAAAACAAUUUUAAAGGAGGCAAAAAGGUGGGAGAUUUUAAUGAUUUUAAUUGGUUGUAAGUCGGGUGUAUUGACUGUUGAUUCAUGUGCUGCAUUCCACAUCAUUAUUUAUUGCUGAAUUAAUGUGAUUCACCGAAUGGUAUGUAAAGAGCCAAAAACAGUGGGAGAAAAUUCUUGAAUUGUAAAAUAGUAUUUUUAACAAAUGUAUCUUUCUUUUGAAAAUUAAAUGAGUAUUUAUUUUGAACAUAUAACUUUAAACUUGACAUAUUCAUUUAAUGAGCAUUGCACUUUCUGACAGUGUUUUACUUAUAUUUUCCACCACUCUUGUUUCAAUUAUGUUUUCAUUGAAUAUUGCCCAAGAAUGUUUGUAGUUUCAUUUUUUGAUUGAAACUUAAAAGUAAGUCUAAAUUUAUUGCUAUUUUAAAUGCUUGCUUGCAUAUAUCAACGAAAAUGACUGUGCAAUGUUAUAUGCGGAAUGUUUUUCUAAAUUCUUUGCCCGUUUACAUAUUGAAAGUAGAACUUUUCAGUGCAUUCACUGUUUUAUCAGAUGUUUACAUGCAGCAUAUACUGAGACAACAGCCUUUAACAAGAGUAAUGAAUGUUUUAUAAACUGUGCUUUGUAAAAUUGGUGCUGCCUUUAAUGCAUAUGCAUUGUUGUUAGACUAUGAUUGAAUGUGUAGAUGUAUAACAAGGUGAUGCUAACCAAGAUAUACGUGAUCUAUAGGGGAGAAGUGAAAAAAUAUUAAGAAAAAGGGGUUAAAAAAAUGAUGUUCAAGUAAUAUUUCAUAUUCUUGACUGGAGAAGUGAGAUGUAGCCAUUCUUAGUUCCUGUCAUUCUGCGUAAUGCAGUGUCUACACUACACAAUGGAUAUGUAUAGUGUACUGUUUUAUGUGUUCAUUUCAUAUGCACAGAAUGUGUGGGAACUUAAAACUGUUUGUGUAAAAAUAACACUUGAAACAUUGUUAUGAAAUGUGAGGCUUUCAUUGCUCACAAGAGCUUUUGUAUGUACACAGAUUCUAAUUGGAAGUGAUUUCACCAAGUGUCUAACAAACAUAGCAAUGAUACAUUCACAUUGAUAAUGGUGUAUAGUGUUCAUAGUUCAGUUAUAAUAUACAGCAUUCAUAAAGAGCUUUUUCUUAGUUCUAUCAGUCAAUUACUUUAAUGUAUUAUGUAUGUAUUUUUUUUCUUUCUGUAGAGGGAUGUUAAUGAAAAUGGUAGUCUUUUGUUGGGAACAUGAAACAUUAGAAAUAAUGCAUUUAUAAACUGAUGUGUAUACUGAAACAUUGAGCUUGGUAUAUCCUCUGAAAAGUACUGACUGAUUUAUUAAGUAUCAGUUUUUUUGCUGAUUCAGAGGUUACCAGAAAACAAAAUUCACUCAUGUUCAUUUUGAGUUCUCAUGAUCUUAUUCUGUUGUGUCAGAGUAACAGAAAUGGAAUGGGAGUUCUAAUUGGUUUGUGUUAAAGAAUGCUGCAUUGUAGUUUUCCCAUUAUGUACAUAGCGUGAUUGUGUGAGAACUAUCACAGGCUCAGAAAGUAAUUUUUUACUUGCAUACUGAAGUAUGAUUAAGAACUGAGUGAUUAUACGUAUGAAAAUCAGAUAUCAUUCCAUUGCAUUUCUAGACCAGUUAUAUCACUGCCAAUUUUGUAAAAAUAGAAAAGAAAAUAAGCGUAUUUGUACUAGUCAGUACAGAACAUUUUGAAAUGACAUAAAAUGUUCCAUGGUUUCUUGCGUGUUAUUUUAUUUUAUCUUGACUUUUGCAUUUUAGUAAUAGAAAUCUUAUAUUGUUCUGAUUGUGAAUAUUAAUAUUUGCUUCUUGAUAAUUAAAAAAGUUCUUUAUGCAAUUAUGUAGUAAUUUAUGGGAAAUCCGUAUUAUUUGUAAUUAGUAUUUACAUUUCUUUGGGUGUGAUGAUCAUCAAUUAUAGAGUGAACUGUUUAUGUGGAGUAGGAUUGAAAAAUGUUAGUAGUUUAUGCAAAGCAUUUUUAAAAAAUGUACACUCCUUGCUGCUCAUUUUAGGCAGCUUCCAAGAAAAAUAUUUGGAUUUUUUAAAGCUGAAUGAUAAAUAUGUAUUUAAUGAACUUCAGUUAAUGCCUUUCAGUCUGAAUAUUUGAAAUCAACCUAUAAUAAACAUGCCAAAGAAUUCUUUUAGUGUGUAUGAUGUGGUGGAGGAAGGUUUGUAGAAAAUUGGACCACUCAAAGGCUUCCUGGUAGGGCCAUGGAAUCAGUUGUGGACAGGAAUGUAUCAUAUUUGAUGUGUAAAAUAAAAUUUGCUUUGUUAUUUAAAUGAUAAUAAGACUAAUAAAUACCAGGAUCACGUUAGGAACAAUAAAAGUUGUGCGAUAUAAUCAUUGAAUAAAUUGCUCUUGUCUUCUAUUGUUGUGGAAUUGUUCUUUCAUUUUAGAUGUGGGGAUUAUAUUACUUAAUUUUCCUUUUCUAGUGAAGAUGGUCUGAGUAUAUUCAAGAAAUAUGAUGGAAUAGUUCAGAAUUUACAUUUGUUAAUAUGAUAAAAACUACCAUAAACCAUAUUAUUAAUUACCAUUUAAACCAAUAAUGACCUAGUGAUGUGGUUUUUUAAAAACCGAGUUUGAAAAAUAUUUCUCCAAGUACUUAGACCGAAUUGCAAGUGAGUUUUUGAAUUAUUCAUGGAAAAUGACAUUUGUAAAGGAGAAAGAAAAUUCUGCCAUAUACUUGAACUAACUAAUUCAGAUUUUACAAGAGAAGAAAUUAAAUUUUUUUUUCUGAUUUUGAAUUGUCAUAAUUCACCAGCUGGGAAAAGAUUCCUAUUGUGUACUGUCAGUGAUGCACAUAACACUUGUGUUGCGAUUGCCACAUAAAUGAUUUUAGGUUUGUGCAAUGUGUUAAAAAAGUUGCAGUUUAGAUAUUUGUAGUUUUGAAACUUUUUAUAUCAACUUUCUGAAAGAAGAGAGAUAGAAUAAAAUAUGUAAAAGAAUUCAAUUAUCUGGGUUUCACUAGAAUGAAUUAUGGUCGUGACAGCAUAAAUAUCCUAUUCAAAACAGAGGCAGGCAUGUUGUAAGGACUUUAUAUCCAUUGCCAUGGCACUCUUGACAAAAAAAGAAAGAAAAGUUACCCCAAAAAAAAAAAAAAAAAAAAAAAGUUUUAAGUAAUAAGUCUAUUACUUAAAUGUCUCCUUUUGGAGCUGAAUUAUGGACUAUGAAUGCAAGGAACAAAACAAGAAUUCAAGCUACUAAAAUCGAAUAUUGGAGAAGAUGCUGAAAGGACUUAAAAUACACAGGUAUAGAGUAAGACCUAGAAGGAAGAUGGAGUAAUGAUGGCCAGAGGAUGGAUAUUGGAAAGAUUAAAAGAAAUGGGAUUAGUCAGUGAGAGAUGGCGACAGCUGUAAACCAGUUGUGCUAAAUCGGCACAUUCUUCGGACUAAAUUGGAAAAUUCCCCUUAUUUAUUUUUUGUAUUAAUAAAUUUUAAUGUGAAUGGUAUUUCAACUUCAGUUCAAUAUUUUUUUUUGAAUGUAGACUCAGAAGAAUUAAGGGUUAUUAAUACUUUUCUUUUUAAUUUAAAC